AUGGGUUCCAAGUUUGUCUUUGCCGAAGGUUGGGAAUGGCCGGAGGAUGACAGCAUGGAAAUCGCUCCUCCAGCUCUGAAGCAUGGAGUCCCAGAUGAGAUUGUCCGAGCUCCUUUGGUUCCCUGCAAGUCUAUUAUACCAAUUCAGGGAAGAGAAGAGGAUCGCGGAGAUGGGCCACGAGGCCCAUCAGGGCCAUUACUAUCGGGACUGCGCCCCCAAUCCAGAGAUGGACUGGUCCUUCGAGGUCGUCUCAUCUAUCUGAAAGUUUUUGCGCAUAAUGAUGCAGUUGUAAAUUGUAUAUGUACUCUAUAUGAUAGGUUCGUAGAACCAAACGUAGACGCUAAUAUAUGCAUUGUGAAUCGUUAUAGUAAGACCUUGGGAUCUCAACCAAGAUGGUAUACAGAAAGCGGUCUAGACGGAGCCUUCUGGAAGAUCAGAGUCCAGGAUUUACUGGCCCUGCUGGGAGUAGAGGCAGCCAACGGGCUUGCUGACCGGGCUGACGGCAAAGGUGAUGUAGACACAGUUGCUGUUAGCACCGGGGUUGUCGACACCAGCGCUGGUGAAGACGGUGUAAGAGCCAUCCUCCUGAGGGCAGGCGAUGAAUUUGGUGUUGUCAUCGUACUGGAGGAAGUUGUCCUUGCUGAUACCCCACUUGUUCUCCUCACAGCGGGUGCAGAGAGGCUGAGCACCGGUGCGGUAACCCAGGUUGCCUUGGCCCAUGCCGCUUCGGUCUGUGAAGACGAUUUGCUUAGGGUUGGAAGUAGAGUAGAGAGUCAUCUUCUUAGUCUUGGUGUUGAGGGCGAAGGUAGCAGCAUCCGCCUUGACACCACGGUCACAAGAUGCGCCCUGGUCCUUGAGCUUGAGGGUAAGGCCGUUCAUGGAGGCCUGGAGGUUGGUGUGAUGGACAGGGCUAGCAGAUCGAAGGGCAACAGCCUGGAAGACCUUGACAUCGGGGUUGGGAGCGGCAGAGACGAUGCCAGCGGCGACGAGAGGAGUAAGGACGAGGUUCUUGAACUGCAUGUUGGCGGUUGUUGUUUUGGUUGA